AUAUUCUGUUUUUAACCAUUUCUGUUUCAUCUAGAAAUUAGAAAUGUCGACCAAGGUAGUUUCUCAAGACGUGCCUAAAACAAAGAGCAUGACUACAGUAGCUCCAACCACUGAAAAGGUGGUUGUCCACCCUCUUGUCCUGCUCAGUGUUGUUGACCACUUUAACAGAAUGGGAAAAGUUGGAAGUCAAAGUCGUGUAGUGGGGGUUCUGCUCGGCCAAUGGAAAACCAUUGACGGAAAAAGGCUGCUGGAUAUCUCCAACAGCUUUGCACUGCCUUUUGAUGAAGAUACAAGGGACAGAAGUGUCUGGUUUUUGGAUCACGAUUACCUAGAAAGCAUGGCUGCUAUGUUUAAAAAGGUUAACGCAAGAGAGAGACUGGUUGGUUGGUAUCAUACCGGCCCGAAGCUCUGCGCUAAUGAUAUCGCUAUUAAUGAUUUGAUUCGAAGAUAUAAUCCUAAUGCAGUUCUUGUGAUUAUUGAUGCGAAACCAAAAGAACUUGGGCUGCCCACUGAAGCUUAUAUAUCUGUUGAACAAGUGCAUGAUGAUGGGACUCCUACUACCAAGACUUUUAAGCACAUUCCGAGUGAAAUUGACGCAGAAGAGGCGGAAGAAGUUGGAGUAGAGCAUCUUCUGAGAGACAUCCACAAUGUCACGGCCGGAACUUUGUCUCAGCAGAUCACAAACCAGCUACAAGGUGUGAAAGGUCUUGGAGCAAAAUUGGUUGAGAUCAAGAAUUACUUGGACCAAGUUCACAGCGGAAAAUUGCCUAUUAACCAUAGUAUCAUGUACUUAUUGCAGGAUAUAUUUAACCUGCUUCCUGAUGUAAAUCUCGCUGAGUUCAGCAAGUCUUUCUACCUGAAGACCAACGACCAGAUGUUAGUUGUUUAUCUUUCCUGUCUGAUCCGUUCUGUCAUCGCGCUGCAUAAUUUGAUCAACAACAAAGUUUCUACGGCAACAGCAGAGCGCGGAGACAGCAAAACGAAAAAAGAAAAAACGUCGGAUUCCGCUGAGAAUAAAAAGAAUAAAAAAGUUGCGGCAAAAGAACAAGAAAAGAAAAUCUGAACUGAUUAGGAAAAUAUAAUUUUUGUAUUUGAACAAUAAAGGCAAAUAGCCUGACAAGAUUUUCAAAUUAUAAAGUUCUCUGUGGUUACUUUUUGUUGUUGUUUUUUUGGCAUGAUAAUAAAACAAUUUUCAAUGUAUCAUAUCACUAUGUUUACACUUACACAGUGCUAAAAAAUACAAUACUUUAGCAGUGGAUCUGUGCUUUUGAUCUUUUUCGGAUCAAAAGCACAGAUCCACUAUACAAUUGUUGCUAUGUUCCUGGAUACAAUGCAAGCACCUAUAUACUGUUACAUUGUAUAUUGCUGAAACUGUAGUAAAUGGACUUAAUCUCAAAUUUUGAGUUUUCUUUCGUUUCUCGGUUGCUAGCUGUCAAUAUGAUGUUUAUCGUAUAGAAUAAAUUCAAAAUUCUCUAUAAA